CUGCUUAAAGUGACAUGGCCCGCCUUCCCUCUUUCCCCCUCGCAACAGUGCUGGUCACUUCUUGCAAGCGCGUCAAUUUGGGUGCUGGCCACCACAAAUCGGACCCAUGCUGAAGCCGCCGUUCCUGCGAAUACCUGAUGCGCCCAAACCCCCAUUGCAUAUACCACGAACCAUCUUUUACCUCACAUGCAUAUCACUAAUCAACACUCCACUCGUACUCGCGUUUUCCUUGCUUGAUUAUGGUGUUUUGUCCUUGUGGGUCAAUCCCGCAGCUUGUGUUGUCACCAUCAUAUUCCAUUGCUCGGUCAUCGCUCUGUCCAGGCGGAAAAGAGAUAUCGAAGACCCCUCUUACUUUUCAACUAUGGUCGUCUGCUCGUACCUGUUGGCUGUCCUAUGGUUUUCGGCUAUGGUGAUAACCGUUGCCGUUCUCGUCACUUACAAAGGAGAUUUCACCGUAGAUAGUCUCCGACGUUAUGGCCUCCACGUAUCUAUCCACACACAAAGACUACAAUGCGUCCUUGCGGCGAUGGAAUUUCUCCUGAUGACGGGAAUAGGAGUGAGUGGGCAUUUGUUAGCUAGGAAAGAGGGCGAUCCUGCGAGCUGGAGACCGCCUGCAGAUGUAAAAGUCGUACACCAGCCCGUUGUAAUCCAGACUACGUUUGCCCCCACGUACUGACGAAUUUGACGACAAGCACGCAGCCGUU